UAUUAAUUAAAUUAAGUGUAUACUAUAUAACCUACUAAGGACAGAAAGAAAAAGAAAGAAUGGCCCAUUGCAUGUCACCUCAUUGGCCUAUCUUGGGUUAAUUUUUAGUCUUCCAAUUACUCUCACAACUCUUCUCCUCUCCUCUCACCUUCUCUACCCACCCAUGAUGUCAAUCGAAAGAGGCAAAAUUCCUAUGGAGUCUCAAACCUCGACGCAGCCUUCCAUGGGCGAGGAUCCAUCAUCACAACACACGCCAAGCCGAUAUGAGUCUCAAAAGCGGCGUGAUUGGAACACCUUCGUCCAGUUCCUCAAAAACCAGCGUCCACCGGUGCCUCUCUCAAGUUGCACCGGUGUACAUGUCUUGAACUUUCUUAGAUAUCUCGACCAGUUCGGGAAAACUAAGGUUCACGCACUAGGAUGCGUGUUCUAUGGGCAUCCUGAGCCUCUCGGACCAUGUUCCUGUCCAUUGAGACAGGCAUGGGGAAGUCUGGAUGCCCUUGUUGGUCGGCUCCGGGCAGCCUACGAGGAAAACGGAGGCACCCAGGAGUCAAACCCAUUAGCCGGAUCUGUCAUUAGGGUUUAUCUAAGGGAAGUGAAAGAGAAACAAGCCAAAGCCAGAGGGAUCCCUUAUAAGAAAAAGAUGAAGUCGAAGAAGAAAGUUGGAAGCCCUAGUUAGAUCCGCCAUUAAAAAUGCAUGAAUUAAAGAAGAAUUACGAAGAUUAAUUAGUUAUAAGUCAUUCACAUUAGUUCAUGCUUUUAUUUGUGUCCAUGUAAUUGUCUUUUGGCUCUUUCUUUUCUUGUUUAAUAUAUACUUGUAUUGGUUCGACUCAACACAAUAUCUAUGAUGAUGAACUUCUAUUCAUCUAAUCAUUAAUCGUGCUCUAAAGA